AUGGCGAGUAGUAGUUGUUCGAGUUAUGGGAUAGAACAACUUCAAAAGGGAUGUUACAAUGAGUGGAUGAGUUUACAAGCUAAACACAUAGUUGAUCUCAAAGAAGCACUCACGAGUCAAAGAUCUAACAGAAACGAUCGCAAACUCGAAGAACUCGUUGGCAAAAUCGUCAAUGACUUCCAAAAGUACACUGAAAGACGUUCGGAGCUCUCCCACCGAUCCUGCUCAAGCUACUUUGCACCGUCGUGGAACUCUGCUCUAGAGAACGGUUUACUAUGGAUGGGAGGAUGUCGUCCUUCCUCUUUCAUUAGAGUUAUCUACGCUCUCUGUGGAUCCCAGACCGAAACUCAGCUUUCUCAAUAUCUUUUCAAGAUCGACGAAAACAGCGGAGAUGAACACGACCGUGGUGGUGAUUCCAUGAGUGAUCUUACCUCGACGCAACUUGCCAAAAUCAAUGAGUUACAUAUCAAGGUGACUGAGAAAGAAGACAAGAUAUCGAAGAAAACUGCUCAUUUGCAAGAGGACGUUGCGGAUAUGCCUAUCGCGGUCGCGGCUUAUGCCACGGAUGUGGUUGAAGCUGACGUGUCAGUGGAGGAUGCUUUGGACAAGCAUGAAGAGAGCAUGGCUAUUUUGAUGGAAGAAGCUGAUAAGUUGAGGUUUGAGACUCUUAGGAAGAUCGUGGAGAUUGUGACGCCUGUUCAAGCGGCGGAGUUUUUGCUCGCCGGGAAAAGAUUACACGUGUCGUUGCACGAGUGGGGAAGAGCUAGAGAAGAGCGUCGGGUCGGUUGUGCACGUGCGGAGGACGUCGCUGCCGCAAGAGGUGGAGCCGGGAAGUCAAACAGGUCAGCCACUUGUUGA